AUGCACAAACACCACCACUGCUGCAAGUGCCCAGAAUGCUAUGAAGUAACCCGAAUGGCUGCCCUGCGGAGGAUGGACGCCCCGGCCUAUGGUGGAGACUGGCAGGCUGAACCCUAUGGAUACCCACCUGGAUACGCAGGAGGCCAAACCUUACCACCUCCAGCCUCAGGGGGAGGUGGGGGUAUUGGAGGAGGAGGGGGUACUUUGGGAAGAAGUAAAGGCAAGAUCAUGUCUGGUGGGGGCCCUGGAGGCCCUAAUCCAAAGGGCCAGUCCAAAGGAGCCCCUAAAGUAAAUGGCAACAACUCCAGUGGGCAAGGAGGUUGGUGGCCCGAAUGCACCUGCACCAACCGGGAGUGGUAUGACCAGGUAAUUCCUCUUCCUCAUUCUCUGAGGGGUUGUGGGAGGGUAUCUGGUAACGUGUAG